AUGCCGUUAAUAAAACCAUCAUCGAUAAGAUAUACUGUCACCACGAUAUUACCCACAAUGUCAAGAACCGUGACAACCAAUGUCCACACUCACACCGUCAAGACCCCCAUUGGAUUGGACGCUGCUAUCCUGAAUUUGAAACCGCAAACCACAAGAUUAUCAACCGAGGGACCAGUUGAAUGUCCAUUGCACGGGUUUGCAUUAUUGAACUCGCCCUUUUUCAAUAAAGGUUCAGCGUUCACUGAUGAGGAAAGAGACGCUUUCAAACUUGUUGGUCUUUUGCCCACUCAGGUGAAUUCCUUGGAAGAGCAAGUCGAUAGAGCUUAUCAGCAAUUUAGUAUUCGUAUCGAUGAUUUGGCUAAAAAUUCAUUUAUGGAUUCCAUGAGAUUGCAGAAUAAGGUGUUGUAUUUUGCAUUGGUUAAGAAACAUAUCAAGGAAUUGUUGCCUAUUAUUUACACGCCAACUAUUGGAGAUGCAAUUGAGGAUUAUUCUCAUAGGUUUAGGAAACCAGAAGGGUGUUUUUUGGAUAUAAAGUCGCCGGAGACUAUUGAGGAGAGAUUGGCAUCGUUCGGAACCGAAAAGGAUAUCGAUGUUGCCGUCAUAACUGAUGGUUCAGCAAUUUUGGGUAUUGGAGAAUGGUCAAUUGCAGGGAUCUUGAUCACUAUUGGUAAAGGAAGUAUCAUUACUGUGGCAGGUGGCAUCGACCCGAGAAGAGUCAUGUGUAUCGGUAUAGAUGCCGGUACAAACAACAAAAGUCAAUUAGAAGACGAGUUGUACAUGGGAAACAAGUUCCCACGAGUCGAGGGCAAGGAGUACUAUGAUUUCUUGGAUAAAGUUGUCAAAGCAUUCAAAAAGAGAUUCCCAUCAUCGGUGUUGCACUUUGAGGAUUUUGAAACAUCAGCAGCUAGGAACUUGUUAGAUUCGUAUCGUGGCGAAUUGCCUUGCUUCAAUGACGAUAUCCAAGGUACUGGAUGUGUCGUUGUUGCCGCUUUGAAGGCGGCUCUCAAGGCAACUGACCGUAAGAUUGACGAUAGCAAGAUUUUGGUCUAUGGUGCUGGGUCAGCAGGUAUGGGGAUUGCCACUCAAAUUGCAUCAAACUUGAGAACCGAUGGGUUUUCCGAAGAGGAAGUGCACUCAAAGUUGUACCUCAUGGACCGGUACGGAUUAAUCACUGAAUCAACAAAAGCUACACCAGCCCAGAAAGCCUAUGCCAAACAAGACAAAGAUUGGCAAGAUGUCGACAAGACCAACUUGGUUGAAGUUGUUGAAAAGAUCAAACCAACCGUCUUGAUCGGGUGCUCAACCCGCCCUAAGGCAUUCACUGAAGAAGUGGUCAAGACCAUGUACAAAUACAACCCGGACCCCAUCAUUUUCCCCCUCUCCAACCCCACCAGACUCCACGAAGCCGUCCCCGAAGACUUGAUGAAAUGGACCGACAACAAAGCAUUGAUCGCUACGGGUUCACCUUUUGCGCCAGUCAAUGGGAUCGACAUUUCCGAAAACAACAAUUGUUUUGCGUUCCCCGGUAUCGUUCUCGGUUCAGUCUUGUCGCGUAGUUCGAAAAUCAGCGAUGAGAUGAUUUCCGCUGCUGUUGAACAGUUGAGCUUGUUGUCGCCCAAGAUCCAUGACCCCAAGGGCGGAUUGUUACCCGAUAUCACUGAGAUCAAUGAAGUUAGCGCUAAAGUUGCCACUGCUGUGGUUUUGGAAAGUUUGAAUCAGGGUUUGGCCAGGGUUGAAGCUGAACAUAGGCCUAAUGGUCAGUAUGUAAGUGUUCCUAGGAACUUUGAUGAUUGUUUGGAAUGGGUUAAUUCACAAAUGUGGCAGCCUGUUUAUCGUCCUUAUGUGAAGGUUGAACAUAUUCCAAGUGUUCACACCCAUCAAUACUAG